GAGCCCUUUAAGGGCCGCUGCAGCCACACAGAGCCUGCAUUCAUCUGAGGGCUGGGAGGGGAGGCCUGCACUCACACUUUGGGAACAACUUCAACAUUCUGACGCUCCAAACUUUUCCUCUCUGCUGAAGUCCGACUAGCUGGAUUUCCGUCGCGGGACACACCGGCAAAAGAAACACGGGGCGGGUUUCAGACCAGCGGGCGCAGUUGGUGCACACAGCCGUGUUUUAGCAGGGAAACUGGGGUCCAAGGUGCGCACUGAGCCGCCUAUGAUACCAACCACACGGAUGGAAAGAACUUUGAUGUUCAACCCUCACAGAGUUUUACAAAGGAGACUGAGAGUAGAGACAGAUUGGCAGUUUAUAUUAUAAUUUAGCAGAGUUGAAAAGAUCCGAUACACCGACAGCCGUCAGCCCAAAACCGCAUAACCGUAGGGACAAAAAGGAACAGGGAGAGUUUUAGGAACAGGUCUAGCACCCUCUGCACACCUGGCAGCGAGCGGGUGCGUGAAGAUGUCCAGAGAGGAGCACAGCUUGUCAGACGUCGAGCUCAGUCCGAGCGUGUCGGACGACAGUCGUUCCCGAUCGCCCGGCCGCUCUUCCGCCGCAACCGGCAGGGGCGAGUCGCCUCUUCGCAGGCGACGGCUGCCGGCGGGCGCGGACAACGGAGCGGGCGAGAACCCCGCCGAGAAAUCCGACGAGGAGGACGAGCGCUUCACGGCGGGUAUCCGUGACGCCGUGAGCCAGGUGCUCAACUGCUACGACUGGACGCUGGUACCCGUGCCCGUGCGCGUCAACAGCGGGAGCAAGAGCAAGCCGCACGUCAAGAGACCCAUGAACGCCUUCAUGGUAUGGGCACAGGCGGCCAGGAGGAAACUGGCAGACCAGCACCCGCACUUGCACAACGCAGAGCUCAGCAAAACCCUGGGGAAGCUUUGGAGGCUUCUCAACGAGAGUGAUAAGCGACCGUUCAUCGAGGAGGCAGAGAGACUGAGGAAGCAGCACAAGAAGGACUAUCCUGACUACAAAUAUCAGCCACGACGCCGCAAGAACGGAAAGAUGGGUUCCGGGUCAGGAAGUGAUGCCGACGGCCAUUCGGAGGGUGAGAUCAGGCACAGCCAACCCAUCUACAAUGGCCUCCAUCUGGAUGUGGCCCUCGCAAGGGGAGCCAGGUCCCCUCCGGCAGAUAGGCACCACCCACACGCUGCAGGUCAGAGCCAUAGUCCACCUACACCCCCAACCACACCCAAGACCGAGCCCCAGUCUGGGAAGGCCGGGGAUGGCAAGAGGGCCUUUGGCAAUAGUGUGAUCUCCCGUGGCCCGAUGGGAGCAGAAGGUAGUUCAGGUGCCACAGGGCCUGUGAAGCCUCAUAUUGACUUUGGCAAUGUCGACAUAGGUGAGAUGAGCAGCGAGGUGAUUGAGCCUUUUGAUGUCAACGAGUUUGACCAGUACCUACCCCCCAAUGGUCACCCAGGGGUCGGACAGAUCGCAGGGUCAGGAGCCGCCACGCCUGCCACAACCGCAUCCCAAUACCCGUACGGAAUCUCCUCAGCUCUGGCAGCGGCCAGUGGACACUCGGCAGCCUGGCUGUCCAAGCAACAGCUGCAACACCACAGCUCCCCUUCCAGCUCAGACCCCUCCAAAGCCCAGAUCAAGAGCGAGGCCGUAUGUGCUGGUGGUCACUUUUCAGAGGCAGAUUCAGCCGGUUCUCAUGUCACCUACGCCCCGCUGAGCCUCCCUCACUACAGCUCUGCCUUCCCCUCCCUGGCCGCAAGGGCUCAGUUUGCCGAGUACGCCGACCAACAAGCGUCAGGGUCCUACUACGCUCACUCCAGCCAGGCAGGGUUAUACUCCACCUUCUCCUACAUGGGGACCACCCAAAGGCCCCUGUACACUGCCAUCAGUGACCCGGCCAGUGUGCCGCAGUCACACAGCCCCACACACUGGGAGCAGCCGGUCUACACGACACUGUCGCGGCCAUGACAGACAACAAAACCAGAGGGCACUGGUGCAGGUCCGGCUCCCACGCCCAACCCGAGAAGCAACAGCCGUGUUGGGGUUGAAAUUGGUCUGGGCCAAGGGGAUUGGGCUGGCACCAGGGGAGGCGGCAGGGAGGAAACCCCGCUCUGCUCUCACCCGGAUGCAGAAAUGCUGUCGCAGGUGAAGGAUGAGUUUGGAGAAUGGUACUUUUGAGGCGGAUUACUUUGGUGGCAGAAACAUCCGCCCUGGCAUGUACCAGAUUACAUUUUCAGCAAGUGUCUACCGCUCCGAACACAACAAACAGCAGCGAUUGAGGUUUAUGCUUAGGUGAUUCUAGGCUUCACCAGGACAAUCAUGCUGUCCAACACCCUUCGAAGAAAGAGAAAAAACUAAACCAGUUUCUCAUGGUUCACGCUGUGAGAAGGUGUCAUUUUUAAAACCUUGACUCAUCGUUCAACAUGUUUGAUUGUUUGGAUGAUGUACAAGAAGAAUGGAGUGCCAAAGUCUUGCUGGCUCAUUCAGAACUCGGGCGCAAGUAAGCGGUCAUCCAGCAGACGUUGGUCUUUCAGCAAACCGUCACGCUAGCGGUGUCGCUUUAAUCGGCACAUUUGUUCCUGUUCCUGUUCCUUCUUGUUUUUUGUGUGCGCUUUCUCCACUCUGAAUAAGCAUAAGGAGCAUUUUACUUCCGUACUUACCCUUUAAUAAGUAUACUACGUACACCGAUCAUUGUACACCAUGUACUUACGUAGUUCCUAAGGACGAUCAUUGUACACUGUGUACUUAGUUCCUAAGGACGAUCAUUGUAUACCGUGUACUUAGUUCCUAAGAACGAUCAUUAUACACCGUGUACUUAGUUCCUAAGGACGAUCAUUGUACACUGUGUACUUUGUUCCUAAGGACGAUCAUUGUACA